UAUGAAUAGGCUGGGCAACUCUGUUUUUAAGAUUAGGCAUGCAAAUAGGGUGAAAGGAUAUAGAAGUGGGACUCAGAGUGCUCUGAGGUCAUUUUCGACUGGUUUUAAGCUUCCAAACGAGUUUUUGGACAGGUAUAGGGAUCAGAAGGUUAAUUUUGGCUUUAAUGGGCUUGGAGAAAUCGCGUAUAUCAGGACUUAUUCUAGAAAGAAGGAGGAUGGGACUAAUGAACAAUGGGCUGACACUGUAGAAAGGAUUGUAAACGGGUGUUUCAGUAUGAUGAAUGAGUUUGCUCCUAACGCUAUGUUCGAAGAAAUGCAGACAAUAAAUGCAAUGAGGAUGUACGACAAAAUAUACAAUUUUAAAUUCUUACCCCCUGGAAGAGGUAUAUGGGCUAUGGGAAGUCAGAUUACACAGAAAAAGAAGCUGUAUACUGCUCUGAACAAUUGUGCUUUUGUGUCUACUAAACUUCAACCUGGAGUUAAAAACACUCUUCCUUUUACAUUCCUUAUGGACUCCAGCAUGUUGGGUGUCGGAGUCGGUUUCGAUACGAAAGGAUCUGGAUCUAUGAGAGUAUUUCAACCAAUUCAAGACAAAUUUCUGGAAUAUGUUAUUCCAGAUACUCGUGAGGGGUGGGUGAAAAGCGUUGAAUUGCUACUGGAUUCCUACUUUGAGGAAGGGAAGCCUAAGGUAAAGUUUGAUUACAGCCAAAUUAGGCAAAAAGGGCUCCCACUCAAAACCUUUGGAGGUGUUUCUUCAGGACCAGAACCCUUGAUGCAUUUACAUGAAAUGUUAGAAAACAAACUCAGCAACAGUUUGCCUGGAGGAACUCUAAAUGUCAGAGACAUUGUUGACAUCAUGAACUUUAUUGGAAAGUGUGUCGUCGCAGGAAAUAUCAGAAGAAGUGCAGAAAUUGCUAUGGGAGAGUUCAAUGAUAAAGAGUUUAUUCAACUGAAAAAUUAUGACAAAUAUCCUGAACGAAUGGACUACGGAUGGGUUAGCAACAACUCAAUACUAGCUAAGACUGGCAUGAACUACUCUACUGCUGUUGAGAAUAUACUAUCUAACGGUGAACCCGGAUUUGCUUGGCUAGAGAAUAUGCAAAAUUAUGGCAGAAUGGUAGAUCCAGCUGAUUAUAAGGAUACAAAAGCAUGAGGUGGAAAUCCUUGUUUAGAGCAGACUCUUGAGUCCUUUGAAAUGUGCACUCUUGUAGAGACAUUCCCAAAUCAUCAUUCAAGUUUUGAUGAUUUCAAAGAUACUCUUGAGUUAGCAUUUCUUUACGCAAAAAUAGUCACCUUGGGUCUUACUCAUUGGAGUGAAACAAACGAAGUGAUGGAAAGAAACAGAAGAAUAGGAUGAUCAAUGAGCGGAAUUGCUCAAUUUGUAUCAGAUAGAGGAUUAGAAACACUUCGUAAGACUUGUGAUCAAGGAUAUAAUUAUCUCAGAGAGUAUGACAGUUAUAUAUCAAAACAGUUUGAUGUUCCUGAAUCGAUAAAAAUCACUUCCAUAAAACCAUCUGGGACUGUAUCCUUGUUAGCAGGAGCUACACCUGGGAUGCAUUUCCCAGAGAGUCAAUACUACAUCAGAAGAGUUAGACUGUCAAAGCACAAUGCUUUAGUACCUAUCCUCCAAGAAGCUGGAUAUAGGAUUGAAGAUGAUGUGUACACUCCAAAUACUGUCUGUGUCGAAGUCCCUGUUGAUCUUGGCCCAAAAAUUAGAACUCUAGAGAAUGUUUCUUUAUGGGAGCAGUUAUCUCUUGCCUCAUUUUUGCAAAAGUAUUGGGCAGAUAACCAAGUCUCUUGAACAGUUUCCUUUGAUCCAGAGACUGAAAAGGAUCAGAUUGAACCGGCUCUGAAUUAUUUCCAAUAUCAGCUGAAAGGUGUGAGUUUCUUGCCUAAAGCUGCUGGUUCAUACAAACAGAUGCCUUAUGAGAAGAUAGACUCUACUAAAUAUGAAGAUAUUUCCUCUAAGAUAACCCCUGUUGAGCUCAGUAAGAAGCUGUCAGAGUCUGAAGGUAUUUUCGAAGACACUGAAGGUGAGAAAUAUUGCGACAGUAGUUCUUGACAGAUAGGUUAAACAACCUUUUCCUCAAACUAGUCUCUAGGGAUAAUAUAAUUCUUCAUAUUUUCAUA